CUCGAAACCAGCACAGCUUCCUAAACCAGGACACGUGGAAAGUUCUGAAAGAAUGAAGAGUCUGGGGGUGAAGCAUGAGCUGUCGGUGUAUUGCGUUUAGACUGGCGUGUCUAAUGUUUCUAUGGGAGUGGAUAACACUAAGCCUCAACUGCUGGGUUUUAGCCACUGCAUCGAGUUCCAGUGAUGCUGCUGGCUCCUUCGGCUGGCUCCUUUCGGAUAAAGGACCGUUUCAUCGCUCCCAGGAAUUCUCAGAGUUCGUGGAGCGCUACCAGCAGGGCUUCACUACCAAGUAUAAGAUUUAUAGAGAGUUCGGUCGCUGGAAGGUCAACAGUCUGGUGCUAGAGAGGCAGGACAACAAUGGCCUUGCCUUGCCUCUUGACCCAGAAUUCAUGCAGAGUAUCAGGCUGUUGGGGAGGAGGCCCACCCUCAGCAUGAUCACAGAGAGCAUCAUCAAAAAAUAUGGCACACACUUUCUACUAUCUGCCACACUGGGAGGUGAGGAAUCCUUGACCAUCUUUGUGGAUAAGAGGAAGCUGAGUAGGAGAGUGGAUGUCAGUGACUCAAACAGCACCGGGGUGACUCUGGAGACUCUCCACCAGCUGGCUGCCUCCUACUUCAUCGACAGAGAGAGCACGCUACGCAAGCUGCACCACCUCCAGAUCGCCUCCACUGCCAUCAAGGUGACUGAAACAAGGACGGGCCCUCUUGGAUGCAGUAACUAUGACAACCUUGAUUCUGUCAGUUCUGUUCUGGUUCAGAGUCCUGAAAACAAGAUUUAUUUACAAGGACUACAAGUAAUUUUACCGGACUACUUGAAAAGCCGCUUCACAGAGGCUGCCCUCAGCUACAUUGGCUGCAACUCGGAGGGAGAGUUUGUGUGCAAAGACAAUGACUGCUGGUGCCAGUGCAGUGCCAAGUUCCCACGCUGUAACUGCCCUGAGGUGGAUGUCCGUGCCAUGGAAGACAAUCUACUGCACAUUAGAGAAGCCUGGACACAGGCCAACAAGGAAUUUGAAGAAUCAGAUGAGUUCCAAAUCUUUGUGAGAAGACUGCCAACAUUCUACGCUUUGAACACAUCUGCCAUUCAGUACUUCUGGAAGAUGGAUCCUGGUGUUCAUCAGCGGUACAGACAGCUGGAGAUCAGCACAGGUCUUCUCCUCAGCAAAGCACGAAGGAUUGUUAACAAGCUUUUCACUCUCAGCAAGAGGUGUCACACUCAACCCAAAAUAGUUGUGCCGAGAGAGAGGUCUUUCAGCUACUGGCUGAAUUACAUCCUUUCCAUCAUGUACUGCAGUGAGAAUAAUCACAUUGGAACCUAUAUGGAAGAGAUGCGAAGCUGCUCCUGUCCUUACGAACACCCGACCUGCCAAGGAGUCAUCCCGUGUACAGUUGGUGAGGGCCCAUACUGUGCCUCUUGUUCCUAUGAGAACCGAACAAGGUGUGCAAACUGUAACCCUGGGUAUAUGCUCAGUCAAGGAAACUGCAGGCAUGAGGUUGCUGAUUCCACGGACCACUAUAUUGGCUUCGAGACAGACCUGCAAGACCUGGAGAUGAAGUACCUGCUUCAGAAACGUGACAGUCGCAUCUCCAUACAUGCCAUUUUCAUCAGCAACGACAUGAGGUUGAACAACUGGUUUGAUCCAUCUUGGAGGAAGAGGAUGCUGCUCACACUGAAGAGCAACAAAUACAAGUCCAAUCAUGUGCACAUGCUGCUCGGAAUAUCCCUUCAAAUCUGCCUUACCAAAAACAGCACACUGGAACCAGUGUUGUCAGUGUACAUCAACCCCUUUGGUGGCAGUCAUUCAGAAAGUUGGAUCAUGCCCAUUGAUCAGAAUAGUUACCCAGACUGGGAAAGGACUAAGUUAGAUAUACCUCUUGACUGUUACAACUGGACCUUGACUUUGGGCAACAAAUGGAAAACCUUUUUUGAGACAGUUCAUUUCUAUCUAAGGAGCCGUAUAAAGACAACAUCAGCUCACGGAAACACCACUGUCUAUUUAGAACCUCUAGAAGUCAUGGACCCUUCCCAAAAUCUGGGGUACAUGAAAAUAAACAGUAUGCAGGUGUUCGGGUACAGUAUGCAUUUUGACCCGGAAGCAAUUCAGGACCUGAUUCUGCAACUGGAUUACCCAUACACUCAGGGAUCACAGGAUUCUGCCCUUCUGCAACUGGUAGAGAUCAGAGACCGCGUCAACAGGCUGUCACCACCUGGGCCACAGCCACUAGACUUUUUUUCAUGCUUGCUUCGCCAUCGACUAAAGUUAUCUACCACCGAAGUGGUCAGAAUAUUAGCGGCUUUGCAGGCUUUCAGUGCCAAACAACCAAGCUCUAUUGAGUAUGAAACAACCAAAUUAUGUAGUUAA